AUGCAGCAUCCAAAACCCUUCUACACUACUGCAGCUCCCCAAGAAGGUUUCAGCCCCCAGGGCCUGGAUGGCACUGAGGGGCCAGGUGGCCCGCCCACUGCUGCCUGCACAGACCCUCUUCCCACUGUGGGUUCCUCCAACCUGUAUCACCCCCCAGACCUGGAGAAAGAGGUGUUUCCGGCCCCUCCAGCAGGUUUCCAGAUGGCGCCCUGCGGCUGCUUCUUUGACCCCCGAAUUUACCGAAUCGAGUGGGCCGCCACUGACUUCGGCCAGUCGUCCCUGUACAAGCUGGCAGCAGCGGGUGGUGGGGUGCCGGCUGGGGGCCCUGCCUCAUCGGGCACCUACCUCCUAGAGCCCCAGCACUACCUCAAGGCCCCGGUACAGACUCCGCCUUACCCCCAUUUCCAGCCAGCACCCGAGGGCCCCCAGUACCUCAUGCCCUACUACCCACCUGAGGGGCCCGGGCCUGAAGUCCUGGGCUUUGUAGGUGAAGGGGGGACGCCCACCUUCGUGGAGCCACCCCCACCCCUGCUCAAGGAAGGCCCGGUGCCCCUGCCCCCACCACUGCCCUCCAAGGAAAACCAGCUGCCCCCGCUCCUCAUCACUCUGCCCGCUGAGGCCGCUCUGCCCCCUGGGGCCUAUGGCCACCUCAAAGGUCAUCUGAGGGCCUUUCCUGCCAAGGAGCUGCAGGGCAACAGUACAGGGCCAGACCUGCUGUACCCACCAGGCCCCGGGGACCCCAAGGUGGCUGAAGCAGAGGCAGCCCCAUCGGGGGCGGGUGAGACUAGGUCCCCCGAGGCCGCCAGGGCCUUUGUGCUGCCUGAGAAGGUGCUGCUGGAAGAUGCCAUGAAGCUCUUCGACUGCCUGCCGGGGGGCACGGAGCCUGAGAAGUCCCUGCGCAAGGCCCCUGGACCAGCCCUGCCCGACAGCGGGGGUGGUGGGGACGACUCCUCCAGCGACAUCCGUUCGCUGCACCUGCCAGAUGAGUUGCUGUCCUUCGACUACAGUGUGCCCGAGAUCCUGGACACCGUGUCCAACGUGGACUACUUUUUCAACUUCAAGGCGCUUGACGAGGAGCUGCCACCCUGCCCAGGGCCCCCUGCCACCACCACUGCAGCCCCGGUGCUUCAGGCCGAGCCCCCCAGCAAGAGAAAGUCCAGUGCCUCAGCCACCAAAAAGGGGAGGCAAGGAGGCAAGACUAAGCAGUCUGUGGGCCUGUCCAGCGCCCCCUCCCCCGCACCCAGGCAGGACCUGGGAGCCACCCCUCAUUAA